AUGCUCCUCCCAGUUGCUGUGUGGUUAAUCAGCCGGAUACCUGGACCCAUCAGUCUGCCUAUUGUAGGAAAUGCUCUUAGCAUCACCACUGACAGUGUAGCGCUGUUCAAGCUGGGAGUGUGGCUGGUCAAGCGGUAUGGUCAGAUGAUGAGGGUAUGGAUAGGGAUGAGGCCCCUCGUCAUCAUCAGCGGCGCCAGGCAGGCCGAGGCACUACUCAGCAGCAUGAAGCACCUGGACAAGAGCCACCAGUACGACUUCUUCCGUCCCUGGAUCGGCACCACCGGACUCUUCGUCUCCAAGACCAAAGACUGGCACACCCGCAGGAAGCUCCUCACUCCGGCCUUCCACUUCAAGAUCCUGGAGAACCACCUGGAGGUGUUCAACAGCCAGAGCAACAAGCUGAUUAACAAGCUACAGAAGGAGGCCAACGGAGAGGAGUUCGACAUCUUUCCUUACAUCACCAACUGCACCUUAGAUAUCAUCUGCGAGGCGGCGAUGGGGUGUUCCGUCAACGCCCAGGACAACAGCGAGUCUGAUUACGUCAAGGCGGUCCACAGGAUUCAACACCUCAUCCAGAACCGGAUGAUCGUCCUCUGGCUGCAGCCCGACUUCAUCUUUUGGCUCCUGGGUUACGCCAAGGAGCAGGCGGGGCUCCUUAAGACACUUCACACCUUCACGCGGAACAUCGUCAAGACCAGGAGGAUCCUGUACGAACAGAAGAAAGCUGGGAUCACUAGCGAGGACGACAAGCACCUGGGUAAAAAACAACGCCUGGCCUUCCUGGACCUGCUGCUGGAGUACUCCGAAGGCGGCGCAGUGCUCUCCGACGAAGACAUCCGGGAGGAGGUGGACCUCUUCGUCUUCGCCGGCUACGACACCACCACCGUCGCCAUCAACUGGUGCCUCUACAUCCUGGGCAGGCACCCUGAGAUACAGGCGCGGGUUCACAAGGAGCUGGACGCCAUCUUCGAAGGGUCGGAGCGGGCGGCCACCAUGGACGACGUCCGACAGAUGAAGUACACAGAGAACUGCAUCAAAGAAGCCCUCAGACUCUUCCCCUCUGUUCCCUACAUCGGCAGACACCUCAGCGAGGAUAUUACAAUUGGAAAAUACCGCAUCCCUGCCGGCGCCUCCGUCAUGGUCUUCAACUACGCACUACAUCGUGACCCUGAGCAAUUCCCGGACCCGGAGGUGUACGACCCUGACCGCUUCUUGCCGGAGAAUGCUAGUAAGCGUCACCCCUACGCCUACAACGCCUUCAGCGCCGGUCCUAGGAACUGCAUCGGUCAGAAGUUCGGCAUGAUCGAGGAGAAAGUAGUGGUGAGUAGCGUGCUUCGGAAGUUCCGGGUGGAGAGUGUCACACCCAGGAAGAAACUUCAGCUCCUGAGUGAGAUCGUCCUCAAACCCAAAGAUGGAAACCUAAUGAAGCUGUUCCCAAGAGUGCAUUAGAAUCAGACCUCAAGUGCGUUUUUCGCCACCGGGCGAGACAAGGUCUUAGAAGGACGACAAGAAACGCUGAGAGUCGCGAAGAUCUUAAAUAAUGUGUUCAGCAGAAGAGCUGAGAAUCCUCCCUCAUGGCCAACCUUUACACGCAGCAAGGGUUAAUGUUGGCUAAUGAGAAAGAACAAUGUAUUUCCGUUAUUUUGUUGUAAAAAAAACGGCAUUUUAAGGAUAUCUCAAUAUAACUGAUAGUAGAGACUACCCGCACUUUUGUUAAUGUGGCGACAAUAUUGCCAAUAACGCAAUAGGGACAGCUUGGUCAACAGCAAGUAUUCCAUUUAACAUUUAAACUUUUAGCUGUAAACUGUUUAUUGUAGUGGGAAGUGUACUUUACCUCCUCAUGCCUACGAAGAGUAACAUCUUUGUUUUUAGCCUAUUAGGUCUAUUAGGCCUAUUAGAUCUAUUAGGUCUAUAUCAGUCUAUUAGAUCUAUUAAGUUAUUACUAUUGUUUUGAUAGAGUUUUACAUCAUGUUAUUGUAUGGAAUUCCUCAACUUGGUCACUGCUGUACACAGCACUCUCAUUCACACUCACAGCUCGACUUGCUGUGCUCUGUCAGCGUAAGAGAAGGUACUAAGACAGUAUAUCCCUUGAAAUGAUAUGAGAACAGCAUAGUUGCUGGGAGUGACGCGUUCGGGUUCUAAUGUCCAUUGGCAGAACUCGCACACACACACACAGUUGAUUGACAGUUGAGAGGCGGGACCAAAGAGCCAAAGCUCAACCCCCGCAAGCACAACUAGGAAUGACCUCCCCAAAUGUGACUAAAAGCUAUACUUCUCUCAACCAGUUUAAAGGAGAGACUAAGAAAUAUAUAAUAAACAUUAUGUAACAAAUUUCUUUCACAUUUCCUCAUUCUAAAUAAGUCAAUAAUGUGUUUUGCUGUUAUUGUUAACAUUAAAUACUAUGUUUUUUCCUGUUGUUAAAUUAUCACUUUGUAUACUGUAUAUCAUUUAUUAAAUUUGUGAACAAUUUAUAUAUAUGUUAGCUCACUUUUCGUUUAAGUUAUCCCCAUCAAUUCUAUAUAUAAUUUAGUUUAACUUAAUUAUUUAAAGUAAUGCCUGAAAUGUUCUGUGUAUUAGUGGCUUUAUUAAAUGAACUCUGUAACAGUCAUUUAGCCACUGUAUCAUGUUCUUUAUAUUUUUUAAAUAAAUAUUAUUAUUAUU